CCGGCGGCUCCCGGCGGCUCCCGGCGGCUCUCCGCGGCUCCCCGCGGCUCCCGGCGGCUCCCGGCGGCUCCCGGCUCCAGGCCCGGCCCGGCGCUGCCCUCAGCGAGCCCCUUUCUGCCCUCAGACAAGCCCAGAGCGCUGCCUGACAGGAGCCAGAGAUGACCAAGGAAGAAGAUCUACCAGACUGGAACUCGUCCAAGGAGUUCUAUGAAAAAUAUGAGCCGAAGGAGGUUUUGGGCAGGGGGGUGAGCAGCGUGGUCCGGCGGUGCAUCCACAAAACAACAAGGCAGGAAUACGCCGUGAAGAUCAUCGACAUCACGGCGGGGAACAUCUCCCCCAAGGAGGUGCAGGAGCUGCGGGAAGCCACCACCAAGGAGAUCGACAUCCUCCGCAAGGUCUCGGGCCACCCCAACGUCAUCCAGCUGAAAGACAGCUAUGAAUCCAGCACCUUUUUCUUCUUGGUGUUUGACCUGAUGAAGAGAGGGGAGCUCUUUGACUACCUCACUGAGAAAGUCACCUUGAGCGAGAAAGAAACCAGGAAGAUCAUGCGAGCGCUGCUGGAAGUGAUCCAGUACCUGCACUCCAUCAACAUCGUCCACCGGGACCUGAAGCCGGAGAACAUCCUGCUGGAUGACGACAUGAACAUCAAGCUGACGGAUUUUGGCUUCUCCUGCCAGCUGAACGAGAAUGAGAAGCUCAAAGAGAUCUGUGGCACUCCUGGCUACCUGGCCCCCGAGAUCCUGCAGUGCUCCAUGGAUGAUGAGCACCAAGGCUACGGGAAGGAGGUGGAUAUGUGGAGCACCGGGGUGAUCAUGUACACCCUGCUGGCCGGCUCGCCGCCCUUCUGGCACCGCAAGCAGAUGCUGAUGCUGCGCAUGAUCAUGAACGGCGAUUACCAGUUCGGCUCCCCGGAGUGGGACGACCGCUCCGACACCGUCAAGGACCUGAUCUCGCGGUUCCUGGUGGUGGACCCGCGGCAGCGGUACACGGCGGGCGAGGCGCUGGCGCACCCCUUCUUCCAGCAGUACGACGCGGAGGAGGUCCGGCACUUCAGCCCCUUCCGCAGAUUCAAGGUGAUCUGCCUGACCGUGCUGGCCUCGGUGAGGAUUUACUACCAGUACCGGCAGGUGAAGUCAGUGACCCGGGAGCUGGUGGUCAGGGACCCCUACGCCCUCAAGCCCGUCCGCAAGCUCAUCGACGCCUGUGCCUUCCGCACCUACCGCCACUGGGUGAAGAAGGGGGAGGCCCAGAACAGAGCUGCCCUCUUUGAGAACACCUGCAAGGCCAUCCUGCUCACCCUGGCAGCCGAGGAGGGGCUGUUCUGAUCACUGCCCCUGGUUUGGCUCACGGCAGCCCCACACUGAUGGUCACAGGGGGCUGGAGGUGAGAGCAGCUCUGGCCCAGUCCCACACAUGCAUCCCUCUGCUUUACGUGGACAACAACAGGAGAGCUGGACUAUCCACACCAAAAGGACACUGAAGACAAACCCCCCUUGCUGCCAUCCCCAUCACUGCUCCCACCCACACAUCCCAGCACCGAAAAGGUUGGAAUGAUUCUGAUUUUUUAUAAACAACUGGGGUUUAAUAGAAAUGACAGCUGGGGGUUACUGUCCAUCUCCACAGGAGAAAAUGCCUGAGGUGUUCCCAGUGAGCCCUCAGAGCUCGGGUUUGCUCCGGCUCUUCCAGGCUGGGACGGGCGGGACGUCGGCAGCGCAGCGGAAGCUGAGGUUGUCAGAGGCAGAGUCUGGUGUGUUCCCCAUCCUCAGAGGGAAAAAGAGACCCCAAAUUAGGGAUCCUUCUUAGGUAACACAUAUACCUAACAUGCUACAACCCUCACAACCCUAAUGUGACCUGCUAGAAUAGCCCAGAAACAUCUUCCACUUCCCCUGAGUAACUUAGAGAAAAGCAUUUAAUUAUUAAUGCCUGCUGGAAAACACAUGAUUUGAGAAGCAUUUAGGAAUGGGUUUAUAGCAGGAGUGUGUUUAGCCAUAUUCGCAGUGUGCUCUGCCAACUGCUUCUCCAAAAAAUUGUGUAGGAACGAACAAACAUCUUUUAAAAUAAAACCAACUCAGAGAAAAA